AACGGACUAAUCUAAUUUACAUUAUUCUUUAUGGGAACAAAUUCGUUCGGUAUCGGCACUUGAACAGCCUUCCGGAACAAAUUAAGUUUGUAACUUGGAGUAUCACUGUAUUACCCUUACAGGUUUAGUGCUUGCUAUAUUUAUAAUAUUACAGAAAUAUUAGUUUUCCGUGUAAUGAUCUCAGAUUCUUCUCUAGUUAAAUAUUCACUUGAAAAAACGUGUUGAAGCCACACAUUCACACUAAAACAAUUUUCAUAACAUCUCUGCCCACAUUUAUUAUAGACAAAAAACAACAACAACAGUUUUCUGAAAAAUGUGAUUUAGUAUGACACGUGAGAACUCAUACAGGAAAGAAGCCUUAUCAAUGUUCAGAAUGUCUGAAAGACUUACUGAAAAGUCUGAUUUUGUAAGUCACACUACAACUAAUACUGAAGAGAAACCGUAUCAGUGUUCAUAUUGUUUGAAAGACUUUUCUAGAAAAUCACAUUUAGUAAGUCACAUGAGAACUCAUACUGGAGAGAAACCACAUCAGUGUUCAGAAUGUUUGAAAGAUUUUUCUGAAAAAUCAAGUUUAAUAAGACACAUGAGAACUCAUACUGGAGAGAAACCAUAUCAGUGUCCAGAAUGCCUGAAAGAUUUUUCUCAAAAGUCUGAUUUAGUAAGUCACAUGAGAACUCAUACUGGAGAGAAACCACAUCAGUGUUCAGAAUGUUUGAAAGAUUUUUCUGAAAAAUCAAGUUUGAUAAGUCACAUGAGAACUCAUACUGGAGAGAAACCAUAUCAGUGUUCAGAAUGUCUGAAAGACUUUUAUAGAAAAUCAAAUUUAAUAAGUCACAUGAGAGUCCAUACUGGAGAAAAACCACAUCAGUGUCCAGAAUGUCUGAAAGACUUUUCUCGUAAGCCUGAUUUAGUAAUUCACAUGAGAACUCAUACUGGGGAGAAACCAUAUCAGUGUUCAGAAUGUCUGAAAGACUUUUCUAGAAAAUCACGUUUAGUAAGUCACAUGAUAACUCAUACUGGAGGGAAAACAUUUCGGUGUUCAGAAUGUUUGAAAGACUUUUCUCAAAAGUCUGAUUUAGUAAAUCACAUGAGAACUUGUACUGGAGAGAAAUCAUAUAAGUGUUCAGAAUGCAUGAAUGACUUUUCUCAAAAACCACAAUUAAUACGAAUCGUUCCUGGAAUAUACCUGGAGAGUGUUUCAGGGGGGUCAAUGCCCCCAUGACCCAGCUCAUGAUGAGGCCUUGGGGUGAUUCAAGGUCUGACCAACUAGGGUGUUACUGCCAGCCACAUGCAAUCCAUUGCAUGAACCACAACCAUAUUGGUAAGGUACUGACUUUAGGUGUCUGUCCAGCUGUUGAAGACAGCCAGGUGUCUAUUGGUAUUCCCCCUUAUGUAUGCUAGGAGGCAGUUGAACUAUCCUGGGCCCCUGACACUUAUUGUGUUAUCUCUUAGUGUACUCAUGGCACCCUUGCUUUUUAUUGGAGAGAGACUGCCUGCUGAGUUUUUUUUUUUUUUUUUUUUUUUUUUUUUUUUUUUUUUUUUUUUUUGUAGGAAACGAUUUCUGUGUACAGAUUUGGGACUAGUUCCUCUAGAAUUUUUCAUGUAAAAAUUAUGUAUCUCUCUCUCACCUGCAUUUCAAGGAGUACAGGUCAGAGGACUUCAGAUGUUCCAGUAACUGACCUCUUUAUUGUACUUAUGGAUGCAGUGAAAGUUCUCUGUAUAUUCUCCAGAUAUGCAAUUUUGCUUAUCUUGAAAGGGGCCAUUAGUGUCCAGUAACACUCCAGCCUAGAGAAAACAAGUGAUUUGGAGGGAAUGAUCACUGGCUUGUCAUCAUUGGUUUGUGACAAUAGUAUUUUUGAUCAAGGAAGAAAUUAAAUAAAUUUCAACAGUUAGA